UGUAUAUUUUUGUUAUUUACAUUUACAUUUAUAUAAUCAGAUCAUUUACAAACGAACAGAUUACAAAAACCUGCAACCCACACAGGCACUAGGGCUACUAACAAACUACACCACACCAAAAGCACUUAAAAGGCCGUCACCAACCACACCACACUAAAAUAAUUUCAACAGCCAAAAUUAAACAAUCGCAAUAAAGCCGGUGGCGGUGGUUUCCGCAGGCUGACCGCGGUGUCUCUUGCAGAGCGGAAUGGCUGGCACCUUCACCCGUCUCCUGGCCGGGCGCGCAGCCCCCGCGCUGUUCGCCGCCGCGGGCACGGGGGUGCUGGCCACGGGCUACCUGCUGGGCCAGCACAACGUCAGCGCCGCUGUGCAGGAGAAGAGGAAGCUCUUCCCCCCCAGCGCCGACUACCCCGACCUGCGCAAGCACAACAACUGCAUGGCCGAGUGCCUGACCCCGGGCAUCUACUCCCGCCUGCGGGACAAGAUGACCCCCAACGGGUACACGCUGGACCAGUGCAUCCAGACCGGCGUGGACAACCCCGGCCACCCCUUCAUCAAGACGGUGGGCAUGGUGGCUGGGGACGAGGAGUCCUACGAGGUGUUCGCUGAGAUUUUUGACCCUGUCAUUAAAGCCAGGCAUAAUGGCUACGACCCACGGACAAUGAGGCAUCACACGGACCUGGAUGCAUCCAAGAUCACCCACGGGCAGUUCGACGAGCGCUACGUGCUGUCAUCGCGGGUGCGCACGGGGCGCAGCAUCCGCGGGCUCAGCCUGCCGCCCGCCUGCACCCGCGCCGAGCGCAGGGAGGUGGAGAACGUGGUGGUCACCGCGCUGUCCGGCCUGCGGGGCGACCUGUCCGGCAAGUACUACAGCCUGACCAGCAUGACCGAGCGGGAGCAGCAGCAGCUCAUCGAUGACCACUUUCUCUUUGACAAGCCAGUGUCCCCGCUGCUGACAUGUGCCGGGAUGGCCCGUGACUGGCCGGACGCCAGAGGAAUCUGGCACAACAAUGAGAAGACAUUUCUCAUUUGGAUUAAUGAGGAGGACCACACCAGGGUGAUCUCCAUGGAGAAGGGCGGCAACAUGAAACGUGUCUUUGAAAGAUUCUGCCGUGGGUUAAAAGAGGUGGAAAGGCUGAUCAAGGAGAGGGGCUGGGAGUUCAUGUGGAACGAGCGCCUGGGGUACGUGCUGACCUGUCCCUCCAACCUGGGCACGGGGCUGCGGGCUGGAGUCCACGUCAAGCUGCCCAGGCUCAGCAAGGACCCCAGGUUCUCCAAGAUCCUGGAGAACCUCAGGCUGCAGAAGCGUGGCACUGGUGGGGUGGACACUGCAGCCGUGGCUGACGUCUAUGACAUCUCCAACCUGGACCGCCUGGGUCGCUCUGAGGUGGAGCUUGUCCAGAUUGUCAUUGACGGGGUCAAUUACCUUGUUGACUGCGAGAAGAAACUGGAAAGAGGCCAAGACAUCAAGGUGCCACCCCCCCUGCCUCAGUUCAGCAGGAGAUGAAGCUGCUGCUGAGGGUAAACGUGGCUGCCAUUCUGAUGGAAAGGCAGCCCUGUACAUCUCUGUAUAAAUGCAUUGUGUAAUAAAACACUACCUGACACCUGAGGUCUCCUCCAUGCCUGCCUGCACACACUGGUCUGGGUGCAGCUCUAUUGGGGUUCACCCACACAACCACCUUGGGACACGCUUUUUUUGGGGGGACUGCUCCCCUUUCGUGGUUGGUGAUAAGAAAAGCACCACUUCAGCUGUGCACAUAGCACAAAUCUGCAAUUCCAUGCAGCACUUGCACUUCUGGACGUUUACAGUGCCUCCUAUAAGCACCCUGCUGAUUUCUGCCCUGGGCCCUUGGGCUGCAGCAAACUGGCCCUAAAACCAGCAGGCAAAUCAGUUUGCUGAUAUUCUGCCUCCCACCUAAAGCUGCCCAGCACAGCCUGCUCCAGCCCCCUCCUGCAGCUCUCAGCCCCCAAGGCAAUGGGGUCUGGCUGAGCUGCCACUCCCCAAAGUGCCUGAAGAUGUGCUGCCACUCCGAGGGACACCUCCAUGCUCCCAUGUGCUCAGCAGGAAAGGAAAAAACCACCAAGUGCUGACAAUCCCACUGACUGGUUCUGUUUUGCAUAUGGAAACACAGUGUUUCACAGCCAGAACUCGGGAAGGUCCCUGGGUGAGUCAUACCUGCAGA